UCUCUAGAAACCCUUUCUUUCUCCAUCUCUCUGUCUCGCUAACAUUAUUCAUACUAUAUAUUCAUCCCUCGUGACUCAAUUCCUCCCAUAUUCAGUUAUUCACAAUCACAGACAGAGAAAAACCAAUCGGAGGAGAAUGAAACUAGUUUGGUCCCCAGAGACAGCAUCCAAAGCAUACAUCGAAACAGUUCAAUCUUGUCGGAUUUUCCGGGAAUCGGGGGUGGCGGAGCUAGUGUCGGCAAUGGCGGCGGGGUGGAACGCGCAGCUGAUUGUGGAAACGUGGUCGGAGGGGGGAGUGAUGGCGACGAGCGUGGGGUUGGCCGUGGCGAGGACGCACACGGGAGGGAGGCACGUGUGCGUGGUGCCGGACGAGAGGUCGAGAUCGAAGUACGCGGAGAGAAUGGGGGAGGCGGGGAUGUCGGCGGAGAUAGUGGUGGGGGAGGCGGAGGAGGUGAUGGAGGGGUUGGCCGGCGGGAUAGACGUCAUGGUGGUGGAUUCCACGCGCGUGAACUUCUCGAGAGUGCUGAGGCUCGCGAAGCUGAGUAACAAAGGUGCAGUUUUGAUAAGCAAGAACGUGAACUCCGCCACCAAUAGUGCUACUUCCGGUUUCAGAUGGCGGAGCGUGCUGGAAGAAGGGUCGCGUCGUGUUGUUCGUUCGGUGUAUCUACCAGUGGGGAAGGGGCUUGAGAUAGCACACGUGUCGGCCAUUGGGGGAGGCUCGGCUGCUAAGAAAUGGUUCAAGCAUGUUGACCAACAAUCAGGGGAGGUGCACGUUAUUAGACGAUGAAUUUGUCUCACUCGGGUCACGUUUUUAGGUUUAGCAGCAGUGCUUCUAUUAGGACAAAACUUAAGUAUAGUUGCCUAGGUUAUCUUGUCUUUUUUUUUCUUAACUUGUUUUACGAAAGGCAUGUCCGUAACUGGUAUACAAUUUUGCUCUUGUGUAAAUACGCAGAUACAAUACUGCAUGAAUUGUGUAUGGCACAGACCAUUCUAUUUGUUUUAUGAUUCGUUAUAAUAUAGCACCUUAAUUACUCUGA